CUCUGUUGGACAGGGGCAUGAAUAUAAGAGGUGCUACUUGAUGAACGCGAGCAUCAGUUGAACUCGAGUCGUUCACUUGUUACUUUUGUUUUCAGCUUUCUGCAAAAUCCUCUCAAUUGCUGACAAAAUGCAUCUCUAUUUUUGGGUUUUAGGCUUCUUUUGUUUCUUCGAAACCGGAUAUGCUAACGUCAUCGAACUUCCCAGAAACAAAUUUGCAAACGUUUCAGUCGUCGGUGGAACCCCUGCCGCAGCCGGUGAAUUCCCAAAUUUGGUUGUGAUUCGCUACAACAGCAAACUUCGUUGUGGUGGGACUUUGAUUGGACAGUCUCAUGUCUUAACAGCGGCUCAUUGCGUUUACGGGUUUUCUGCCGCUCAAUCAAAAGCAUUAAGUGUGAUGACAAACACAUUAGACCUGAACGGUGGAGCAAACGCUAUCACCAGAUCGGUUAGGAAAAUUAUCACCCACGAAAGGUACAACCCCAAUAGCCAGAAUAAUGACGUCGCUGUGUUGGUGCUGAAUUCUCCCAUUCAAAACGUCAAGCUCGUUUCCCUACCGAAAGCGGCUGUCGUGCCAAAACCUACAACCAGGCCAACAACGAAACCAACGGCUGUUUCGGCUACAGCAACAACUAAACCUACAACCAGGCCAACAACAAAACCACCAGCUGUUUCGGCUACAGCAACAAGUAAACCUACAACCAAGCCAACAACGAAACCAGCUGUUUCGGCUACAGCAACAACUAAACCAACGACUAAACCAACGACUAAGCCACCGGUUGUUUCUGCUUCGCCUACAAUUAAAACGACGACGAAAAAACCCUUCAGCUCAACAGUAAGAGCUCCCGUCGUUGGUUCGUGUUAUUGCACUUGUGACCCGGGAGCAACGAAGAAACCGGCAGCAACGCGAAAACCUGCUUCAUUAUUCAGAAAAGCCAAUGUGGUAUUUAGCAAUUACGCCAACAUGCCAGCCAUGAUAGCUGGAUGGGGAACAACUUCAUCAGGGGGAAGCAUUUCACAGGUACUGCUAAAAGCUGGCGUCGAAAUUCUACCCAAUGCCGUGUGUAUCAAUCAAUAUGGCAGCAGUGAAUUCAUCGGGGCUAACAUGUUGUGUGCUGCUGCUCCGGGAAAAGACACCUGCCAGGGAGAUAGCGGUGGUCCAAUUUUCGUCAAAGGAAUUCAAGUGGGUAUCACCAGCUGGGGUUACGGCUGUGCUGAGCUGGAAUAUGCGGGCGUCUACACCCGAGUGUCGACUUACGUUCCAUGGAUUCAAACAGCUGUAGCCAAAAAUCCUGCUCCGGCAACAUCCGGGUAAAAAAAUAGCUCCGGAAUCUUUUAUUACGCAAAUAUUUAUUACGUCCCGAUGAAUUAUUUAAUUUAUUCAGAAUUGCUUACUUGCUCGUUUCACUAUGUAAAUGAGAGAAAACAAAGUAUGCAAAUGAAAAACAUACAAUAUUUAAAAUAGAGAGGGAGGGGAGGGAUUUCAAAAGAAACUUAUUCAAAGGGGAGGGGGGGUUCGAAAAAAUUUGCCUCAUAUUAGGGAAAGGGAUACCUGUGACGAUAGAGGGAGUGGGCAAAAUAAACCAAUAAAUUACCAACCACUUUUGCAUAGCGAAAAAAAAUAACAAACCAAUCAUAACGGAAUGUAGAAAUAAAGAUAAACAUCUUAAACAAAUUUUUUUGUAUUUUUUUUUUAAAUCUCUCAAGCAUUGAACGAAAAAAAUAAUCCGAUUCAUUUAUUUCUUAUUAUGGCAAUUUAGCCCCCACCGUGAUGCCUUCCCGCUAAGCAUGAAUGAUGAAAUAGUAGGUUAAGUGGUAGUUGAUGGUAGGACUACGUAGUCGUAGCUAUCCUGGAUUAAUUCACUAUAGGUGGAAGUGAAACUAUAACCAUACGUUGGUUCCGUAAGACAUCUCGUUUUAGUCCGUUUGCCAUCCGGCGCUGUUACAAUGGGCGACAGCC